GGCAAGAGAGGAGCUGAGUAAAGGGACGGGAUGCUCAUGACAGAAUUUGAAUUUUCUGCUUGGGCAGUACAGUUCCUUUCUCAUUUCGUUCCGAAUUUCUCACUAUUUUCUGUUCGUCGAUGCGAGAGGUACAUUUGUUUUGCUCUUCGACUUUGUACACAUAGUAUAUACAUAUUAUGAAUAACCGUUGAAUUUAAUUUUGAAAAUUUCGGUACUUGAAAAGUAAAAGUGUUUAAAUAUUUUAUUCAUGUAAGUAUAUUUGAACGACAAAUGUUAAUUCGUUGUUUUGUUUAAUAAAAUUUAAUUAUCUUAAAUUUUUCUUUUAGAAAAAUGUCGAUGUGGACGAAAGAACAGACAAAAAGUUUAAUUGAAGCAUUUGGGGACUACCCCAAUUUAUACAAUGCAAAGCAUGGAUUGUAUACUAAUCGAAUUGAGCGAGACAAAAGUUUUCAAGAUCUUUUUCAAAGAAUCAAAGUUGACAAGCCGAAUGUCACUAUAAGGGAAAUUAAAUUAAAAUUGAGAACUAUAAAGUCUCAAUAUUGUAAAGAAAAAUCCUUGGUGGUUAGGUCAAAGAGAAGUGGAGCAGGAAUAGAAGAGGUGUACGUUCCUAAACUAUGGUGCUUUGACCAACUGCACUACUUGCACGAUUUAAAUGACGAAACAUGCGGAGUUUCUAACAUCAGUUCAGAUUCCCAGUUCGAUGACGUGCCCUCUACUAGUAGGGAUAGUUUUAGUUCCUCAACACCUAUUAGAAGGGCAAAAGGAAAAGAAAACACCCUGACAUCUUCGGCAAUUGGGACAAUGGCUGCUGCAACAACCAUAUUAAACGAGAUGAAAAGCAAACAAUCUCGGGAAUCAAGGCUGCGUCCAUUUUUUAAUAUGGUUGAAAUGGAAAUGUUAAGUCUUCCUGAAAAACUGCAGGACGAGACAAAGUGGAUUAUUUUGGAUGUCAUAAAGGAUGCGCAGUCAAAAAAAUAUGACAAGGAAUACGAAAAUCAUACCCUUUCGACGAUGUUUCAACCAGAUCUAGAUCAAGAAUUUACUUCCUCCGACGAAACAUCGAAUCCUAAUUUGUUGGAGCAAGCCAUGGAAGGUCUUUUUGACGAAGAAAAUUGAUUUUAAAGUGAAAACAAAGUUUUAUUCUUUUUAGUUUCUACUUUUUACUUUUAUUAUUAUUCUUAAGUACUUAUAGACUGAGAUAUUAUUGUUUGUUAUUAAUUUAUUGUCACUAAGAACUAAUAGACUGAGAUAUUAUUGUUUGUUAUUAAUUUAUUGUCACUAAGAACUAAUAGACUGA